AUGAAGAACGAAGAAGAAGAGAAGAAGUGCAAUAGACGUCGGACCUUCAUCGCCAUGAUGAUGCUUCAUCUUAUGCUCUUUGUAUUUCUGUCAAAUAUCCUUUCCUUUGGUUGUGUGGACACUUAUCAGAUCCAGACCUUCAACAACAGCACAUUUCACCACACUAAACGGUCGUUUGCUGAUGGUAAAACAAAUUACCCAAUCCCUUACUCUGGGGAAAUUCGUUUUCCAAUGUACGACGGGAAAGAGGUUAUCAUUGAAGGAGUGACAACGUCUUCAACGAACAGGUUCAUAGUUGAGUUGUGUCCGAGAGCUGACUGCAGCGAUGACAAACAAAUGUAUAUGAGUGUUUGGAAGAAUACAGGAAAAAUUCAAAUUAGUUCUAAAAAAAACGACACAUGGGGACCGAAGUACACGUUUGAAGCCGCGUUACUAAUGACUGGAACUGAAAUUAAGAUAAAACUCAUAAUACAUGACAACAAUAUUAAGAUAGCCUUUCCUGACAAAAACGGGAGAAUUCUCACAACGGAGAAACAACAACUAACAAGAUGGGCUGAAUACUUUGAAGAGACCCUAAACAGACCAGAUCCAGAAGAAACUGCUGACUUCACUAACAUAAGCCUACACUUCGAAAUGUAUAGAGGACCCAUCCUAGAACAAGAAAUAAUAGAAGCUACUCAAAAAACAAAAAGCAAUCAGGCUCCAGGAUAG